UAGAGAUCCAGAAACCCAUUUCACUGAAGCAGAAGUCAAUAGAACCUCAGAGAUUCGUUCGACAUUCGGUUGUGAAAAAAAUAUACCUGGUGGUCUUCUGUGUCCAAGAUGUUCAUAGAUGAGAGGAUUGUAACUCUAUUCAAACGAAACGCCCAUCACACGCUGACUUACUGGAGUGUUUUCUUCAGCUUUGGACUGUGCAUUGCUUUUCUUGGACCUACAAUAUUGGACUUGCAAUGUCAAACAAACUCAACACUGAGUCAGAUUACCUGGGUCUUCUUUUCUCAGCAGUUCUGCUUGUUGAUCGGCAGCUCGGUUGGUGGCGUUUUCAAGAGAACGUUAUUCAGUGCUCUAGGUGCCCUAUUUGUCUCUGCUCUUCUCAUUUCUGUGAUAUUUGCCAUCAUUCCUGUAUGUAAUAAUGUCCUCGUACUGGCCAUUGCCAUGGCUGUGUCUGGUUUGGCAAUGGGGGUUAUUGACACCAUUGCUAACAUUCAACUUGUCACCAUCUACCGGAAGGACUCAGCCAUUUUCUUACAGGCUCUGCACUUCUUCAUCGGGUUUGGAGCCCUGGUGAGUCCACUGAUUGCAGAUCCUUUCCUCUCUGAGACAGGCUGUGGGAAUCAUACGGGGAACGAGACCGAGAUCAUGCAUCAUUUCAGGAGCAUGCUGAGAUACAGUCCAAUUGCGGAGCACAACAUAACUCAGAGCCACCUGCCUCAUGAUGGAGUGGAGAAGGAGGAGCCAAUUGUGCAAUAUGCUUUCUGGAUCAUGGCGCUUAUUAAUCUGCCUGUGCCCAUUGCUGUGCUGUUUCUCAUGUAUCGGGAGAACUUACUCCCAUGCUGCCCUGGCAGCACUCCACGUCUUUUAGACAAGGAUGAACUAGCAAUGGAGACCCAGCAGGGGGCCGAGGGCCCAGACUUGGAGCAGAAGGAACAUGAAGCUGGAGGUCAUGGGAGUAUCUUCAGCUGCUGUCAGAAUGAUAACCUGCAUGGACUGCCAGUAUCCUUCUUUAUGAUUCAUAUCCUUGGAGGGAUGGUGCUCUUUAUGACCGAUGGCAUUGUGGGAGCAUAUGCUGGCUUUGUGUACACCUACGCUGUGGCCCCACCGAUGUCAUUGCCGAACAAGACAGCAGGUUACCUGGCUAGUAUUUUCUGGGCAGCGAUCACAGCUGGACGCCUCUUGUCUAUUCCUCUCUCAUAUCGUUUCCAACCUGUACGGCUUCUCGUGUUCAACCUGGCAGGAGCUAUUGUUACUGUGUUGAUGCUGCUCAUUUUCUACACCAGCAGCAUCUUUCUGUUUGUCGGAACCUGUUUAUGUGGACUUUUUUUGAGCAGCAUUUUCCCCUGUAUGCUUGCCUACACUGAGGAUAUCCUUGAUUACCAGGGAUGUGCAACCUCUGUCCUGGUGACAAGUGCAGGGAUGGGAGAGAUGGUAAUGCAGGUCCUGGUUGGUUCAAUCAUUCAAACUGAAGGAAGCUACAGUUUCCUGUUGUGCGGAAUGAUAAUUGCCUGCAUUGGGUUUAUCCUCUUCUUUAGUCUCCUGCUUUUUCAUCGAAUGCACAGAAAUUACCUCACAGGAAUAUCAAAGAAGUCAGCAAUGGUAGAAGAACCAGGAGCAGACCAGAAUGGAUCAGCCAAAGCAGAACAGAAAGAGAAUGACGACACUGUGACAAUUUCAUAGUUUCUUUUAUUGUGUAAAUUAUACAAAUUAAUUUAUUAAUCACAAAGGUUUCGUGCUUUAUAUGGCUAGAUUUUUGGAAAUGAAAAAGGAUAGGCCAAGAUUUUGAAAGUGUACAUGUGCUAAAGGGUUAUAAGCAGUUAAUCUUUUACCAGGUCAUGUUAAUGUCAUGUUGUCUCUAUUUUUGUAAAACCCUGAAUUUAAAGCACAGGGUUAGUUUGAAGGGGAUCAAGACUCAACUGGACUUUAACCAUUUUAAAACCACUCCAAUCUUUAAAAAAUUAGAGUGAUUUAAGCAAACCUUACUGGUCUGUCAGACUCUCAAGUCAACUAAUCUAUAUUGCUAAAUGAAGACCUAAUAGUGGCUUACAUUAUGAAACAUAACCUGAUUAUAAUCUUUUAACAGAACCGCACUUCCAAAAUCCUAACCUAUCCAUUAAGAACAUUUUUGUACUUUGAUGUUUUGCAUAUCUCACCACAUUUGUUCAUAAGAGUAAUACAAAGUUAUUGCAAUAAAGUUUAACAAGUCAAA